AUGUCGACAACCAAUUUCAGAUGUUUUGAUUCUAAGAUACUUAGAAAAACAACCAAUUAUAUAGAUGCAGUUCGAUAUAUGCUAUAUCACGCCGAUGAUAAAAAAGAACUCGCAGAAGUUUUUCGUCAAUUUGAGAAUGUUCUGAAAAGAUUCAACAAAGCUAUGGAGAAACCAAUAAAAACUGCAUUGAAAACAUUUUUCAUGCCAGAAUUUGAAACAGGUUUAACGGAUCUUGAAGAAGCUUUGGAGGCACAUGAACAGGAUAUUGAAAAAAUAAAAAAAUCCGAAAUUCAACACGAAGAGGUCUCAUUGAAAAAUGCCUAUUUAUUUUCGAUUGAAGAAGCGGAAACAUAUAUUGAGGUACAUUCAGAAAUUAUUUCGAAUAUUGGGGAAAAUCCAUUGAAGAUGCCAAAAUAUGAAGAAAAAGUGGCAACAUUGAAUUCACACAUUAAAAAAGCUUACGGAAGAUAUAAAGAUCCCAAAUAUAUAGUUCACUAUUUGAAGACUUGUCGUCAAUAUGACACCAGAAAGAAGGAAAUCGAAGAUUUGAAAGACAGUUUAUGGGAUGCGUUCGAAGUGGAAAAUUUAGAAUCGGCUAAAGCAUUGUUUGCUCGUAAUAAGGAUAUGAUGUGAGAUUUUUUUGGGUUUAUUGCUUUCAAGAAAACACUUUCAGCAAAAACAGGGCCCUUGAUCAAAAAACGCAACUUUUUUGACAAAUAAGAAAAUCCUUUUUUACGAAAAUAAUUAAAUUCAAAAUGUUAUAUUGAAAAAAACAUGAUCUAAUAAUUUUUUACAUAAAUAUCAACAACAUGAGUGGAAUUUUAGAUCAAAAUUUGCAAUAUUAGAAUAUUUAUAACAAAACUUAUUCUCUUAUAAAAAAAAAUUUUUAGCAAUGAUUUAAUCAAAAUCGAAACGACACACAAAGCUUGGUUUAAAGAUAUUCAAUCAGUGAACAAUCCAGAAUUUGCUGAAAACGAAUUGAACCAAAUGAACAGAAAUGUAAGUCAUUUGACUAUUUUUUAGAAGUGAUAAUUAAUACACAUUUUACUUAUUCAGAUUUCAAAUGCAUUGGAAGAAAUAGGAUUUAUCAGAAUUUACGCUCACAAAUUUUUAUGGAUAUUAUGCGAUUUCCACAAAUCGACCAAUCGGGAAGAACUCUUCGAAAUUCGAGACAGAUUCAUUGAAUUAUACGCGGAGUGUAUGGAAAGUCUGGAUGGAGAAAGAUUCAGAAAAUCGCUCUGGCUUUUUUUGAAGCAAACUUCUCUAAACUGCCAUACCUUUAUUAUCGAAAUGGUGGGUUCAUUUUUUCUUAAUUUUGACAUGAACAGAUCGAUAAAUAGAAUAUCAAAUGUAUUUUCCAGAUGCUUGAUCCCGAUGAACCUUCAACAUCAGGGAAUCAAACUGCAUAA